GUAGCAGAGAUGUUUUGUUUACUUUCUGUUCCCGGCAUGAAUCACAAAAAAUAAUAAGUUUGUGCUCGGAAAAGGCCAAAUUUAUGUAUGAAAAGCUGAGCCAAACUUCCGAAAAGGGCAUCAUACUCGUGUCCACAUUCAGCAGGAAUCUAUCGGAGGGAAACUACGCACACCUUCAUCGCUUAUCAGCAUUUUAAACAAUUCUUCUGUCAGUCAGCCCAAAAGUCUGUGAACAAUCCCGAAGAGGAGCUGCAGGCCGUGCUGCGAAUCGCACACCAUGGAGCACUGUACCGAAAUCAUUCUCACCAUUGCCGGCAUUGUGCUGGUGCACGGAUUGAUAUUCUACUUUCUCACGCGCAAAUCGCGCCUUAUCAAGGGCAAGCAUGUGGUCGUUACGGGUGGUUCCAGCGGAAUCGGUCUGUGGGCCGCCAUAGAGUGCGUCCGGUUAGGGGCGCACGUUACCAUCAUUGCACGCAAUGUGUCUUUACUAGAAAAAGCCAAAGAAGAGCUGGAAAAGCGACGCGUCCGUGACACGCAGAUGAUACAGUUCCGUUCGUUGGAUCUUGCCAAGAGCUACGGCGCGGUAACGAGCACGCUGGACGAGCUGGAACGUACGGUCGGUGCGAUUUACAUGCUGAUCAACUGUGCCGGGAUGGCGAUUUGUGGCACGGUCGAGGACACAUCGGUCGAGGACGCCCGCAAGCUGAUGGACGUGAACUAUUUCGCCACCUACUACCCCACCCGGCAUGUUUUGCCAAAGAUGAAGGAAGCGGGUGACGGCAUUAUCGUGAUUACCGCGUCGCAGGCCGCGCUGAUGGGCAUCUACGGGUACGGGGCUUACGCCGCCUCUAAGUUCGCUCUGCGCGGGCUGGCGGAAACGAUUGCGAUGGAAGCGCGGCAUCGGGGCGUUAGUGUGACGCUUGCCCUACCGGCCGAUACCGACACGCCCGGAUUUGAGAACGAAAAUCGCACCAAGCCGGAGGAAACGAAAAUUAUAUCCGGCUCGGGCGGGCUCGCUAAACCGAAGGACGUCGGCAAGCGGCUCGUGCAGGACGCGCUGAAAGGUUCGUUCUUUUCCAUCAUGGGGCUGGAGAGUUGGGUGUUGAGCAUCCUUUGCGUCGGUAUGGCACCGUGGCGCGGUCCGCUGCUGUGCUUCGUGCAGUUUUACCUGCUCGGACCGUUGCGCUUGAUCGGGCUGGCGCUGCAGUGGAACUUUCAGCGCAUUAUAAAGAACUGUGCUAAGCAGCGGCAACGCACGUAGGGAGGGGGCAAACGAAUUCGAGCGAAGGCGAUCAAUUGUAACGGAAUCCACCGGGGGCAAAACAUUGGACCAAAUUGUACACAUCCUUUGUAGGCGUAGUAUUUCAAUAUCAAAAUUAAGCUUACAAUUGGCAAUACAAUCUGUAGUACACGAUGUCAUGCUGCACAAAUA